AUGUCGGUUUUACCGAGGGUUGUUAUAAUCUACAAACGAGAUUCUCGUAUUAUGUAUCUUCUCGUUUAUGUUGAUGAUCUAAUUCUUACGGGUAAUCAUUCACCAACCAUCAAAUCUUUUGUUACUACUCUCGAUAAGGAAUUUGCCAUCAAGGAUCUUGGAAGACUCAACUAUUUUCUGGGUUUGGAGGUUACCUACACUCAAAAUGGAUUAUUCUUAAAUCAGUCAAAAUACACUAUGGAUAUUCUAACACGGGCAAAUAUGUUGGAUGCUAAACCAGCUCCAACACCUUUAAGCUCCAACGUUUCUUUUGUGUCUGCAGGGACUGUUGCUUUUGGAUUACACUAUAGUCGACCCAUCACCACAUCGUUGCUUAGCUACUCUGAUGCUGAUUGGGAUCGUUGCUUAGAGACUCGUCGUUCGACUUACGGUUACUCCAUCUUUUUGGGUGGUAAUUUGAUUUCUUGGAGUGCUAAAAAGCAACUGACUGUUGCCAGAUCCAGUUGUGAAUCCGAAUAUCGUGCUAUGGCUAAUACUGCUGCUGAGAUUGUUUGGAUCACGCAUCUGCUUCAGGAACUACAUGCUCUUCCUUCGGAUAGACCGACUCUUCUCUGCGAUAAUCAGAGUGCGAUUUUUCUCACAUAG